CCCCGCGGUCCCUCUUGGCUGGGUUGGCUGGCGGGACCGGGUAGGGGCGUUCAGGGGUGUUCAGGGGCGUGGCCUCGGGGCUACGGGAGCUCUGAGCCGCGGGAGUCGAGCGGGAGAAGCAGGAUGGCGGCCGCAGCGAGCGAGGCGCGCCGGGUGCUGGUGUACGGCGGCAGGGGCGCGCUGGGCUCCCGAUGCGUGCAGGCGUUCCGGGCCCGCAACUGGUGGGUGGCCAGCAUCGACGUGGUGGAGAACGAAGAGGCCAGCGCCAGUGUCGUGGUUAAAAUGACCGACUCGUUCACGGAGCAGGCUGACCAGGUGACGGCUGAGGUCGGCAAACUCUUGGGUGAAGAGAAGGUGGACGCCAUCCUUUGUGUGGCUGGAGGAUGGGCCGGGGGCAAUGCCAAGUCCAAGUCUCUCUUCAAAAACUGUGACCUGAUGUGGAAGCAGAGCAUGUGGACGUCCACCAUCUCCAGCCACCUGGCCACCAAGCACCUCAAGGAAGGAGGCCUGCUGACCUUGGCGGGGGCCAAGGCCGCGCUGGACGGGACCCCCGGGAUGAUCGGCUACGGCAUGGCCAAGGGCGCGGUCCAUCAGCUCUGCCAGAGCCUCGCGGGGAAGAGCAGCGGCAUGCCGCCCAGGUCUGCGGCCAUCGCGGUGCUGCCGGUCACGCUGGACACCCCGAUGAACAGGAAGUCGAUGCCCGAGGCCGACUUCAGCUCCUGGACACCCUUGGAGUUCCUGGUCGAAACCUUCCACGACUGGAUCAUAGAGAAAAACCGACCCAGCUCCGGGAGCCUAAUCCAGGUGGUGACGACGGAGGGACGGACGGAACUCACCCCUGCGUAUUUCUGAGCUCGGUGCCCGUGCCUGUGCCGGGGCGGCCGCGGAAGCCGCCGUGUCCCUGAGUGGCCGCGCCUGGCCCUGUGUCUUCGGUAACCCUGACUGUGGUACAGACCCUGAGGCCGGUUUUUCUCUCGCCUGAUGUGCAUUCGCUCCCCUGAGGCAGUGUCAAGUGUGCGUGUGGAAUAAAAACGUGUGGGUGGAGGCCUGCAGGUAGCAGCGCCCUCCGUUCGCGCUGCCCGUCUGAGCGCGGGGGUCUCUGUGCACCCCCUCUGUGUCCGCGUCCCGUGGGAGUGCUUUGGAGACUGCCCGUGUGUCCCCGACCAUGUAUGUCGGCCAGACCGGUCCAGAGAUUCGUUGGCGUCGGGGACACGUGAAUGACUGUUCUGUCACAGGUGUAGUUUUCGCAGCCUCGCAUUAAACUGCCUUAACCCCCUUUCGUGGUGUUCGCAGAAGCCCGUGCACUCUGCCAAGGUGUCUUUUUCCCGUGCGGUGGCCAAGCGUGCGGGAGAGCCGCUCGUGAUUAUUUGGCGUUUAUCUGCCUAAUACAUGCGCGUCCUGGGCUGUGCCGCCUCCUGUGGUCGCAGUGCAGCGUGUGCGCAGUUGCAGAUGAACGUGCUGGAACCCUGGGCCGCCGGGGGGCGGGGGGCGGCCUUCAGCCGGGGGUGUUCGGAAGCGGGCGGACUCGGCCUGCGGUGGGUUUUCUCAGCACAGGGAUGGCCCGGCUCUCCCGUGGGCGCGUCGGUCCGGGUGGCGGGCUGGCCCUGUGCAUUCAGACGCAGCGCCACUGGAACGGGCUGUCCUGACUGGGGACUGGGGGUCCCACCCUUCGUUUUACGGAUCAGGAAGCCGGGCCGACUUACCAUCCUCGUUGCCAGAAAGUGGCAGAACUAAGCCCAGAACCGUGGUCACCAGCUGGCCACUGUUUAAAAAGACCUUUUCCACGUGUCGUCUUUGAUUUCUU